UGUUAAACAAUUUAUCGAAGCUUGACCAUGACGUAAGACUUCUAAUGAAAACUGUAUCAUCCAAUUAAUCUAAAAGUAAUAAAUUUUUGACUCCUCUCGUCUACUUCAAACAGGAACAAAAUCAACAUCCAGCCAUACUGCUACAUCUAUCCCGCCCCGGCCAUUCGUCGGUAGAUGCAAUCGCACGAUUCAACAUGCACCAUUACCUGCACCAGGCAAGCCCUUCAGGCCCAGCUGGUUUGCGGUGCGGUAAACGAUGUACAAUCCUCCCGAGAUCAAUCCAAUGCAAUCACUCGUGUCCGGAUCGGUGCGGCUGCAUUUAUGCCAAGCUGGACUACGAGUUGCAAAUAGGAACGGACCGGCAGGAACGGAUGACACAGGAAGAUCCCUCAAGGAAAUGCGCUGAUGUGCGGCUGCCGAUUGACAAUCACCUGACAACGAAGCAUGUGCACUGUAAGGUGCACGUGUACCAGGGGCGGAUUUUUGCUGGCUUUCUUGAUACCGAGCAGUUUAAGGCAAAAUUGACGGUUCUGUUUGAAAACUGCGAACAGACACUAUCGACUAUUCCCAGCACAUUGUCUCCGUGCUGGAAUGAAAGUGUGGAGCUUUUGAAUGUACCGUUCACCAUGUCUACCAUGUCACCAAACAACGAGUUAGGCCAGAAAUGUACCAUCAUGUUCGUGUUGCAGUGCAAGGGAAAGCAAUCGGAAUGGAAUGCAAUCGGUUGGUUGGAAACAUCUAUGCAAUUAUUGGAAACGGAGCAGCGAGUUGCAGACGAAGCAUAUCCACCAACGAUUCCUUCAUUUUUACAAUGGAUUCCACUCUAUCUGAAGGGAAUAAAGAUGGCAGAAAUUUUAGUUGCUUGCAAUAUAUUUGAGGGUAAAACUUCUUUAGAAGAGCGUGACGAAAGAAACGAAACGGAACGAUUGCUUGUACACGGACUACCGCCUGAAAUUGCUCCAGCUUUGAGGACAUACAGAAUACGGGUACUGUUUGUUGGUUUACGGCAAAUGCAUGUACCUCGCUGCAGAACCACGAAGAAAUCACGAGUUUUGAUAACAUUGGGCGAUGCAAGCAUUAUGAGUGGACUUUCAGGAACUGCGUACGGAAGUAGUGCCAACUUUCCGGAAGGUUACGAAAAUUGCUCAGUGCGCCUUCCAGUAAACCCUAACUACUGGCCCUGGAUGAUUCUCAAGCACAUCGAUUGCACGGAUGAAAAGCGUGUCAAAACCAUAGGAAAUGCAAUUGUAAAUGCAUCGGAGCUGCUAGUCGAUAGUACAGAUUCAUCAAAAUCUGCCACAGGAGACUCAACAAUUAUUGAGAUUACGCAGGAAGAUGCAGAUGGGACACAAUUGCCCUUGAAUGUCGCGAAUCAGCAUCCAUUGAAUAUUGCCUACCAUUGGACGAAUGCUCGCGAUAUGAUCAAGAAACAGGUUGAAAUCUUGAAUGCCACCGCCAGAAAAUCCUCAAAUAGUGUUGAAACCGAAAAUUUGGAGCUUACAUGGUGGACAAAGUUCUACAACAGUCAACAGUUGCGGAACUCCCAAAAACAUUCUCUGGAGAUUUAUGACAAAGAAUUAGAGAAUGUACCAGAGUUUAGCGGGUUCAAAGAUUGGAGUGGAAACUACCCUCUUCAGAAGGUGAAACGUCGCAAGAAAACGGCGUUUGUGAAGCAAGUGUACGGUGCUGUGAAGUGCCAAAUCCAGAUCUCUUCCCUGGCGAAAACACCAAACCAGACGGCUAUACCGUUGGAAAGGCAAUUAUCUCCUAUUUCAAAUCUCUUGGAGAUUGUAGUUACCGUUUAUGUCGUACAGGCUUUGAAUCUUACGUCCCGUGACAUCAUGUCAGAAUCGGAUGCGUACAUCGUCCUGUCCUACGGCAACCAGCGUGUUCGCGAUCGUGCCUUUUACAUUCCCAAUCAAGCUUCGCCGGUGUUUGGCAGACGGUUCGAACUGCGGGGAAUGCUGCCGAGAGAUCAAAUUCUGCAUCUGUCGGUGUACGAUCGAGACUUUGCCUCCUCGGACGAUCUCAUAGGAAACACCACCAUCGACAUUGAGGAUCGUUUUCGGAGCAAACACUUGCCAUCGUUUGGACUGCCCAGGCACUACAGUUCGAGAGGCUGCAACAAAUGGCGUCACCAGCUGAAACCAUCGGAAAUGUUGCUGAAGAUAUGCGAACAGCACGGGGUCGAGAAGCCACGCAUCAAGGGUGGCAAGAUCACGGUUGGAGGGCAAGAAUUCGAGGCCGAUGUUUCGCUGGACGGAAAUGAGUGUCAAACGGAACAGCUGUGUCUGCUGGCGUUGAACAAUCUCAAGCACGUUGCCAACGGGUUUCCUUUGACGCCAGAACACGUGGAAACGCGGUCAUUGUACCAUCCCCUUCGAAGUGGCAUUGAGCAAGGUAAAGUUCAGCUGUGGAUCGAGCUGUACCGUCCGGACGAGCCCCAUCCGCUACCGUUGGACAUAACGCCCCAGCCCCCGAAACCUUACGAGCUGCGGCUGAUCGUUUGGAAUACGGCCGACGUGAUGCUAAACGAGCGCAACAUUUUCGGCACAGAGAUGAGUGACAUCUACGUCAAGUGCUGGCUGCAGGAGUUCACGGAAGCUCAGUAUACGGACGUUCAUUACCGGUCGCUAACCGGCGAAGGAAACUUUAACUGGCGCAUGGUAUUUCCGUUCCGCUACUCACCCGCCGACGGCAUGCUGGUGAUCCGUCGCAGAAAGGCUUUCUACGAGCAAUACGAUACCGAGCUCAAGUAUCCACCGGUACUGACCGUGCAGAUUUGGGAUAAUGAUGCGUUUUCGGCCGAUGAUUUUCUCGGCACGAUGGAGCUAGAUCUCACUCGUCUGCCCGUCCCAGCCAGCUCGCCCGAUGCGUGCAAACAACUUCCGCAAAGCCUAUCAUUAACAGGAUCCGGAAGCGGUACGGGGAGCCUUUUGAACUUGUUUGUGCGGCGUCGUGUUAGGGGCUGGUUCCCAGUACAUGGCAGUAGCAACGCGUCAGGCAGUGAUGCCACUGAUCAACACGGUGGCGUAUCGUUGACGGGUAAAAUCGAACUGGAGCUGGAAAUCCUCAGCCACGAAGAUGCUACCCAGAAUCCGGUCGGAGUGGGUCGCAAGCCUCCGCAACAUCUUCCCGAGCCCCUGCGGCCGGAAGUGUCUUUCAACUGGUUACGGCAGCCGGCAAAAACGUUCAACAAGCUGCUGUGGCCCCGUGUGAGAAAAUCAUUCAUCUGGAUUGGCAUGGUGGUGUUGCUGUGUUUGCUCAUUUACGGGUUGGUGGUAAAUGUGCCAACGGUGUUUAUGGUACGUUCGCUGGAACAGCGACGGUCAUUCGAAAGCGUGUCUUCUGAAGGAUAGUCGUCCGAAGUUGCUUAAGUUAUGUUUUCCUUUUCCUUAUCAAAUACUUCUUAAUCGUAAUUGUAGGUCGUUUAAUAAUAUAAAACCAUGAAAAAUAAUGCAUUAGCAAAUUUGAUUACAUCCCGGACAGUGGACAAUGGACAC